AGGAAACUGCAAUGAAACAUUGAAAGCGCGAUGCGUGGUGUAUGUCAAUCUUUUUUUUCUGAAGACCGUGCAACCUCGAUAAAUACUGCGUCUGCAACGUCAAGAAUCUGUAAUCGCGAACAUGCUCUUCUCCCGCGGAGUCGACCGUGCAAUAGUCGGACUAAUUUUCGCACUAGUAUGCGUACUCACGAAGCCAGUGUUUCCCUACGACAUACCAGAUCCAACUUUCGAGGUGUUGAAGCCGCAAGGUGUUCGAGUCUCUAUACCUGAUGCGCCAGAUGUAGUAGUUUUUGGAUUCCACGCCAACAUCAAUAAAGCAAUUCGCCCUAAUGAACGCGGUCAGAUCGCCGGUGCUAUCUAUUCGGCAAAAAACGGCCGCUGGACUGUUGAGAAUUCGGACGCAAUUAUAAAAAUUGGAGAUGUACUACAUUAUUCGACUUAUGUGCAAAAUGCCGAGAAGGCUCACUGGAAGAACGACCAAAGAUGGACAUAUUCCCCCACAGUUCGAUUAUUAUUAGAGGAUAAUUUUGAUUCUUUGAACACAUCAGUAUGGAAACCCGAGAUAAAAAUACCAUUCGAUCCGGAUUACGAAUUCUGCGUAUAUCACAACCGUAAGAACCAUGAAAAACUUGUACAAGUUCGUGGUAGUAAUUUGUUCAUACGUCCUCUAAUGUUGGAAGAUUACUACGGCGAGAAUGUGACCGCGUAUGGAAGAUUGCAACUUAACGGAUGCACGAGCACGAUUAACAUCGAAUGUAUGCGGCAGGCGAUGUCCUUCAAUAUUCUGCCACCCGUUAUAUCCGCACGUUUUACCACGAAUGAACGUUUCGACCUGCGAUUUGGAAAGAUCGAAAUACGAGCGAAGUUUCCCGAGGGCGACUGGCUGUAUCCGGAAAUGUGGCUUGAGCCACGUUAUCCUACUUACGGUACAAACUACGCCAGCGGCCGCAUUCUUCUGGGUCUAUCACGCGGCAAUGAGAAUCUGAUGAAUGCCACGGACAGUUCGAAGAUCUAUGACAGUAGAAGAUUGGAUUUUGGCGUGAGAAUAGGCCCAUCCCUUAAUGAGAUCCGAGAAAAACUCGUCACGAAAGUAAACGAAUCCGGGCCACGGUGGACGAAAGAUUUCCACGUGUACACGACAUUCUGGACCAGUGAUGGUUUCACGUUUUUGGUCGACGGCGAGACAGUUGGUCGAAUAAGUCCUGAUGAAAAGGGAUGGAUGAAUAGUCCUUACAUAAACAGAAAAGCUGCCCCGUUCGAUCAAGAGUUCUUUAUCACUAUCGGCGUCGGUGUGGGUGGAGUACGUGUAUUUCCAGAUGGUAUACAAAAUAGGUACGGAAUGCGAAAACCAUGGAGAAACGUGGAGGCUAAGGCAAUGUUGAAUUUCUGGAACUCUCGGGAUCAAUGGCUACCAAGUUGGAAAGAAGAUGGAAAAGAAAGCACUAAGACUGCUUUUGUGAUAGAUUACGUCAAAGUGUGGACUCUGAAUCAACAAGAUUAACAUACGUGCAUUAUUUUUC